GGUUUGCGCUUGUGUAUGUAAUGUGUGUGUGUGUGUUUUUUUUUUAGCUCUUUCGUGAAUUUUUAGGCUCAUCUUUAAAACUCAACGAGAAAGUCUUUCUAUUUCAAACAUCGGAAAAACGAAACUAUUUGUUUUUUCCCAGAAAUGGUCUGAAUAUGAAGCUUCAAACCCUACAGAUGAUCAAGACUCCGCCACCACCACGACCACCAUCGCUUCAGCUGGCCAUACCGGGCAACAUGGCCUACCAUCGGAGAAUAUGGCACUAUGGCGGAGUUUUUAAAUUAAUGGUGGCUUUUCUAUUUUGCCUUGGUAUUGUGGCUACGUGUGAACCAUGUUCGGUGUCUGGGGUGCAUCAUCAAGUGGAAAAUGAAGCAUGUAGGUUGUGCAGAGAUGGUGGUAAGUCAGAUUAUCAAGGUGUAUUUACUGGUGAUGUUGGUUCAGGGUUUGCAUUAGAUAAGCUAGAGCCCCAUGCAAGUCUUGAUUAUGUAUGUGGGAAUUCUAAUUUGUUCUGCUUUUGGUCAACAUUGCCUGGAUUAUCACGCCCAGGGCAUGUUGUUCAAUCUACAUCAGCUGAAGUUUCUGGGGUUCAAUCGGAUGUUAAAUUACAUGAAAUGCCAAAUCAUGCGAGGACUAAUAUUAGUUGGUCAUCAAAUUGUGGUAUUAUUAAGUUCUCUAGUGGUAGGACUAUUUCUUGCUCUCUGAACCAGCAAUAUGGUUGUAGGGAACUGCCCAGUCCUCCUCUAGAUAGUAGUGAGGGAAACGAUGUUUUGUCCUGUAGAGGAUCGUUUCUUGACCAUAAAAGUCAGUUUUUUGACUCGAAAGAGGAUGCAAGGAUGAGUGACAGUUCUUCACCCCACGUAGAAAUAAGCCCUCCCCUUUUGGACUGGGGAGAAAGGAACUUAUAUUUCCCCUCUUUAGCAUUUUUAACAGUCACAAAUGCACACAGUGACAAUAUUUUGACCAUUUAUGAACCUUAUAGUACCAACUCUCAGUUUUAUCCGUGCAAUUUUAGUGAAAUGGUGGUGGCACCUGGGGAAGGUGCCUUGAUUUGUUUUGUGUUUUUGCCUAAAUGGUUAGGCUUUUCCUCUGCUCAGCUAGUGUUGCAGACAAGCUUUGGUGGUUUCUUCAUCCAGGCUACAGGGUUUGCACUUGAGUCCCCCUAUCUAGUACAGCCGUUGAUUGACCUGGAUGUUUCCUCCAGUGGAAAGUGGAGAAAGAAUUUGUCAUUGUUUAAUCCUUUCAAUGAAGCUCUUUAUGUGGAGGAGUUAACUGCCUGGAUAUCAGUUUCUUCUGGGAAUACUUCCCAUUCUACCAAAGCUGUCUGUAGUAUCAAUAGUAUCCAAGAUCUGCAUGAGUUAAGUUUGCUGAGCGUUCAUGAGUGGAUAGAUGUGAGAAGUGCUGAAGUUGGUCUGCCACUAGUUUCAAUGAGACCCCAUAAGAAUUGGGUGGUUGAUCCACACAGAAUGGAGACCAUCAUGGAGUUGGAUUUUUCAUUUCCUGCUGAAGGGAGAAUUUUUGGUGCCUUUUGUCUGCAGUUGCUAAGAUCAUCAAAAGAUGAGAUUGAUACUCUCAUUGUUCCUCUUGAAGCAGAAUUUGGUCAAAUUUCAGCUUACCAUGAGCAUGGAAGUCCCAUUUCAGUAUCUCUCAAGGCCCUGGUGCCUUGUGAUAGCAGUGGUACUACUGUUGCUAUUUUGUCUGUGAAAAAUGAUUCUCCUUGUAUGUUGAGCAUUGUCAAUAUUAGCGAAGUGGGAGAAGGCACAAAAUAUUUCCACAUCAAAUACACGGAAGGACUGAUUCUUUUCCCUGGCACUGUCACACAUGUUGCGUUGGUCUUAUGUACUUCCAUUUCCUUUGAAAUACUUGGUCCACCUUCUGAGCUUGCUGACACAAAUGUGAAUUGUGAACUACAUGUGUUGACAAAUGAUUCGAGAAAUUCUGAGAUCAAAAUUCCUUGCAGAGAUUUAGUGAGUGUUUGUUCAAGUCAUACAUUAGAUUCGUCUGUUGGAUCUCCACAAGGUUCUGAAGAGGUGGAGUAUGAAAGCAUAAGAACCAUAUCUUCAGGCAGUCCCAAGCAGCCACUAACACUGAAUGAGGCAUUGAAUACCGCAGAAGCAGAUGAAAUAGUUCUCAAGAAUUGGAAGUCUCAUGCUACUGCAAGUGGCAUGUCUGUGCUUGAUGAUGAUGAAGUAUUGUUUCCACUGGUUCAGGUUGGAAGUCAUUCUUCUCGAUCUGUAAAUGUCAAAAAUCCUAGCCAACAACCUGUUGUUAUGCAGCUCAUUUUGCAUUCUGGAAAAAUAAUCACUGAGUGCAAGGCAGCGGAUGGACAUUUUCAGCCCUCCUCACCUGGGAGUUCGACUGGUUAUAAAUCAGCUUCACCUUUAAAGUAUGGUUUUUCAGUGGCAGAGGGAGCUUUGACUGAGGCUCUUGUACAUCCUUAUGGUAGAGCAUCCUUGGGUCCAAUACUAUUUCAACCCUCUGAUCGAUGUGGGUGGAGGAGUUCAUUGCUAAUAAGGAACAAUCUUUCGGGUGUGGAGUGGUUACCUCUGCGAGGAUUUGGGGGGUCAUUUUCUGCAGUGUUGCUUGAAGAAUCUGAACCUGUACAGGCUGUUGAGUUCAAGUUAAGCUUGCCUCUUCCUCGUACAAUCUCUUCUCCUGACUUUUUACAUCAUAUCGAUGACAACAUGCGUACAUGCUCUCAGCCUUUGGCAAAAGAGCUAUAUGCGAAAAACAUGGGGGACUUGCCCUUGGAGGUUAGAAGCAUAAAAGUUACUGGAACUGAAUGUGGGCUGGAUGGGUUUGUGGUACAGAAUUGCAAAGGUUUUGUUCUUGAACCUGGAAAGUCUAUAAAGCUCAUAAUAACAUUUCAGACUGAUUUUUCUGCAGCUACAGUACAGAGAGACCUUGAAUUAUCUUUGGCAACGGGUAUCAUUGUGAUACCUAUGAAAGCAAGUCUACCUGUUUACAUGCUUAGUUUUUGUAAAAAGACAAUUUUCUGGAUGCGACUGAAGAAAUCUAUCGUUUUACUCCUUGCUGCCUUUAUCUUGUCUCUAGUUCUUUUUUGCUUCAUUCCCCAUUUGAUGACUUUUGGCCAAGAUUACAUGUUUAAGAGUGGGAAAAGCUUCAUUGCUACUGUAAGCCAAGCUGGAAAAUCUGCCCGCCCCCAUCGUAGCCAUAGAAGCUGCAGUAAAUUGCCCUUGUCUGGCAAAAUGAAUGGUUUGCUGCGAUCAGUUGGGAAGGAGGAAUCCUUACUUCUGGAGCCUGUUGGUAUGCAUAAUGAUGGUUUUGUCACCAAAGAACAAGUUUCAAGUUUUGCUGCUAGGCCUGUGAAAUCUGCUCUGGAGUUUGACAAGAAAAGCAGUUGUUGCUUGGAUAACGGAAAGGAAAUGACUCCAUCCUCUUCAAUGACAAAUGCUGUGACCGGUCAAAGCUCCGAUGUUCAGGAUGCAUCACAAGCUGGAAACCUUACAGUUAAAACUGGUAAAGAUAAAGGAAGAAGGCGAAGGAAGAAAAAGAGUUCUGGCAAUGGUGUAACUGGGCUUUUUGAAGUUUCAAGUAGUCAAAGUGGCAAUUCGACACCUUCAUCUCCCUUGUCUCCUGUCUCAUCCUUAACUCCCACAAGGUCUCGGCCUCUGUCCCCUGAUAUGAAUCAAUCUGUUCAGGCUAGGAAUCCAUUUGCACCUGUAGCCAUUCAACGAUACCCUGACCCUAAACCCAGGGCAAAAGUUUUGCAGUCUGAGAUUUCUUUGAAACCUCGUGGUGAAAACAAUUAUGCUUGGAGUACUUCUAGUCAAGAGAAGCCUGAUGUGUUGCAUAAAGUGCCUGGCAAGCCUGUGUUAUUGCCCUCUGCAACCCUCCCUCAAGCUGGUAGGCCUGACUCACUCUCGUCAUGUCGUCCUUCUUUUUUGUCAUCAGCAUCUACAAUUGCUCCACAUGCCCGGGCUCCUGGAUCCAAACUAAAUGAGCAAAAAACAGUUGAGGAAAAGGCAAAACUGAAAGAAAAAUUUACGUAUGACAUUUGGGGUGACCAUAUUUUUGUGGAUAGAUCAAAGGAGAUUUCCGGGAUGCAACCCCAUGCUGAACAAAAUAACUCGGAUAGCUUUUUUGUUAGAGGUCCGCAGGCCCUCGUGACAAUAGCUCAACGUGAAUCAGAUGGAUCGAUCAAUACUUUCCUGGUGUUGGUCUUUGACCCGUGAAUAGCUGGGAGCUACUGUUUCCAGAAACACAAUCCUUUGCGGACAAUAAAUCUGUAUCAGGUGAGCCAGUUAGUUUUCCGUUGACAGUAUUCUGAUGUCUGGCAAUGUGCAUCACUGUUUUUGACAUCCUCUGACAUAGCACUAUAUGUAUAUAUAUGCAUACCGUCUCAACUGAAUUAUAUUUUGGGUUUCUGAACUAAUCUGUUAAUGAUAAUAUAAGGGCUUCGUAUUUGUAUAACUGGUGUCUAAUAAAGCAUCAAGCAGCGUCCUGUGAUGUUGUGCUUCGAGUCUUUGAAUUCUCUUUUAUGAUGAUUGGGUGAGGGUAUGGUUCCUCUUGGCAUGUUGGGUAUAUGCAUGCUCAAGAGUAGUUCUCCAGUGAUCCAAAGAUAUUUUAUCAAGAUUGCUGACAUUAUGACUACGAAUGUUGGUAGAAUGCUGUAACUUUCAGCAUGCUCAUGUUGGCUUGCUAGAGAUGUCAAUACUGUGAAGAUGUGUCCAGGGAUAAGGCAGGCUAGGACUUUGUGAUAUUGACAGGAGAAGAAUGGUGCUCGUGCAUGUGUUCUGGAAUUGCCGGCAAUCAAGGCAAUUUAGGUUAUUUAUUUAUUUAUUUUUUAAAUCCGAGGCAAUUUAGUUGAGUGCAAAAUUCACACAAGUCAGUUCUUAAAUUAGGAUUCCCUGGGGACCAUCUUUAACUCUAUGCCCGUGCUGGCAAAGGCCAUUGCAGUUUCGAAAAUGAGACAACCAUUCUAACAGUAACGAUUGAUUACCUUCAUAUCAUCUUGAGUUGGUCCUGGUUUCAUAACUAGCCAAGCCUUUUGUUGUAUUGGAGCAUUUAGGCCUCUAUGUAGCUGUGUGCUCUUUUAGGUCGUCUGUGUACUGUUUGGUCUGCAAGUACAGGAGAAAAGUUUGCACUUAA